AGCCCGAAUAUCUCUUGUGGCCCGAUACUUUCGGGCUAGCGCGGGAACAGCAAGAGGGUCCCCUCCUCCCGCACACCUUCCUAGCUUUUCCGAAAACGACUGUCACACAUUUUGCCCGCACUUUUCCCUCGGCACGAUCGAACCUCUACCAUCCGCACAUGCACUUGGGCCACACGUCUGAUCGGACUUACUUUGCUCGACCAAGACUCUACUCUUUCGUCUCUUCUUCAAAGCACGCGCGGUUUUCGCUGAAAACUCACGGUUAUAUAUAAAACUACAUAUUAAAAAAAAAGCCUAAAGAAUUCAAAGUGUGAAGUGAAAAUUUAUAGAAAAAAGUGACGAAAUAAAUGGAUUAUGUGACAAAAAUUCCAACUUGUGUGGAUAAUUUUGAGAGAGAUAAAAUAUGCUAUUAAAAAAAAGUGAAGAGUCAGGAGUUUUCCACUGAAAAAUUCCCAACUGGAUUUUUAUCGAAACGUGAAAAUUGUUACUUGGAAAAAUAACUGAAAUUACUAAAAAAAAAUUGUGCUGCAGGAUUAAUUAGAAAAACAGUGUCGGUGUGGAAAUGGCAAUGGAUACAGUGAGUUGCUGAUGUUUGGAGUGAAUGAAAGAUUUUUUUUUCUCUGCAUAAAUUGACUGGAAAAGAAGAAAGGAUUAUGUUGGAAUUCUACCCAAAUCCGAAUCCAGCAGGAAUCAUGCAAAAUCAUGAACCUAUUUCGAGUUCUCUCGAUUGCAAUGGUCGGACAGAAAUGACCAUAAAAUGCGAAAAGAACUACGAGAUCUGCGAAGGAUGUGGCCAAAAAAUUCACGACCGAUACCUCAUGAGGGUGGCAGAUGCAAGUUGGCACGAACACUGUCUUGCCUGCUGUGUCUGCGGUGUACCCCUCAAUCAUUCCUGCUACUCCCGCAACACGAAGCUCUACUGCAAAGCUGAUUACGACCGAAUUUUCAGCGUAAAAUGUUCUCGAUGCAGUGAACGGGUCCUACCGCAUGAUAUGGUGAUGCGCGUUCAGAACUACGUCUACCACCUGCCCUGCUUCAUCUGCGGCAUAUGCUGUAGGCCUCUAGAGAAGGGCGAGCACUACUUUGUACGUGCUGGUCAAUUGUUUUGUCGCCUGGACUACGAGAAGGAUUUCUACAUGUCACCGCAUGACGACGAUAUGCUCCUGGACGACUCGGUACGUCCUCGUGAUGGACGACGUGGCCCCAAAAGACCUCGAACAAUCCUCACGUCGGCACAGAGAAGGCAAUUCAAGGCGUCCUUUGAAGUUUCCCCGAAACCUUGUCGGAAAGUCCGAGAAGCCCUCGCCAAGGAUACUGGACUAUCGGUUCGUGUGGUACAAGUGUGGUUCCAAAAUCAGAGGGCGAAGAUGAAGAAAAUUCAGCGUAAGGCAAAGCAAGAUGGGGACAAAAAGGAUGAUACCGUGAAGGAGGAGAAGGGAAUAAAACAGGAAUCUCCCAGUAGUGAUCAUGGGCACUACAUUGGCAUGGAUAGUUCAUUUGGUUCUGCCAGUCAACCGCUUAAUCCUAACAUUCCCUACUCGCCUGAUGAUUAUCCUGGAAAUUCAGGAGACAGCUUCUGUAGCUCGGACGUGUCCCUGGAUGGAAGUAGCUUCGAUCACCUGGACGAGGGUACUUCAGAUACGCUUUCACUGCAGAAUUUGGACCUACAGACGGGGCAUGGACAGAGUGGUGGCCAUGAGAGCUUAGUCUCGCUUACGGCGGGCGUAAUAAAUCCCAUUGACAAGCUCUAUCUCAUGCAGAACUCCUACUUCAGCUCCGACCAAUGAGACACACCGUGAUCACCAUGUUGGGGUGAAUUUGCUACUUUUAUAGAGAAAACGACCGCAGAAUCGCUUUUCACACACCCUCGCGGACCCCCAAGGAGGCUGCUGAACCUCCGACGAAUCCCCCGCGCGGGGUCCUUUGCCCUAGAAUUCCCCUCCGGAGAAGCAAAAUAUCUCAAGAAUAAGUGUAUUUAAUUGAAAUAAUUGUGAUGAUACCUAGUCAUGG